CUCUCCCUCACAAAUAAAUAUUACAAAAACCCCCAAAAAAAUUGAAAAUAGAAAAAUAAAUCACACAAUUAAAAAAGCAAAAUAUACUGAACCAAGAGCUUUUCCAAUCUAACCUUACCCACCCACCAAAAAGAAAACAGACAUAAAUCUUCUUCUUCUUUUUCUUUUUAUAUACUUAUAUAUAUCAUCGUAGUUAAUUUCUCAUUAACUGAGUUAUCGCUAGUGUUUGCUAUAUAAUUUCUUGCAACUGGGCAUUUGUUGAGAGCUUUCUUGGCGUGAAAUUUGAGAAAACAGUGUACCGAGCUCUCACACUGGAGAAAGAAAGUUAUUGGGUUGAAUUAAUUAUUCGAAAGCUGCAAUCUUUUUAUCAUUUUGUGGGACUUUGAGGAUUUUCAGUAUCUGGGCUUGUGUGGAUAGGUCACACAAUGUUGGGAAUUUUGAGGUUGUUUUAUGGGUUGGAGCCGAUCGGAAAAGUGCCGGCGAUUUGAUGGGAACGGAGUUGUUUUUCACUCUAAACGGCGUCGUUUCAUGGAGUUUAAGAUUCGGUGCAAUCGAUGUACCGAGGUUUAUUCACUCCGAGGAUAUAGGCUGAAUUUUGCUGUCAUUGUUGUCAAGGUUCUAUUAUUUUUGCUGCUUUUGGAAGCUGCAUUUGCAACUGCCAAAGAUUAUAGAUUGCAAAGUUCAGAUGCUGAACAGAACAAAGACAUUAUAGAGAAACAUUCUUGCAUUCACGAUCAAAUUAUCGAACAAAGAAAAAGACCUGGCCGAAAGGUGUACACUGUGUCUGCUCAGGUCUAUAUUGAGCCUAAUGUUCAGAAGCCUCUCCAAAGAAAAGGAAGGGCUUUGCUAAGUGCACCUGAAUUAUCAAGGAAUGAACUCGACUCCAAAGCCCCCAUUAGGAUUUAUUUAAAUUAUGAUGCUGUUGGCCACUCAUCUGAUAGGGACUGCAGGAGUGUGGGUGACAUAGUGAAGCUGGGGGAGCCAAACGGUGCUUCUUUUUCUGGUGGUCCUUCUUGUGACCCACACGGAAGUCCUCCAAUUUAUGGCGAUUGCUGGUAUAAUUGUACACUAGAUGAUGUAGCUGGGGAGGACAAAAAGUACCGUCUUCGUAAGGCUCUGGGGCAGACAGCAGAAUGGUUUAAGCGAGCCUUAUCAGUUGAGCCGGUGAAGGGCAAUUUGCGGUUGAGUGGAUAUUCUGCCUGUGGUCAAGAUGGAGGUGUACAGCUUCCUAGGGGAUAUGUUGAAGAGGGUGUUGCUGAUGCGGAUUUAGUUCUUUUGGUCACCACAAGACCAACUACAGGAAACACUCUGGCAUGGGCUGUGGCCUGUGAACGGGACCAAUGGGGUCGUGCUAUUGCCGGGCAUGUUAAUGUUGCGCCUCGCCACUUGACUGCCGAAGCAGAAACUUUACUUUCUGCCACACUGAUUCAUGAGGUUAUGCAUGUUCUUGGAUUUGACCCCCACGCUUUUGCUCAUUUUCGGGAUGAGAGAAAAAGAAGGCGUACUCAGGUUACGGAGCAGCUCAUGGAUGAAAAACUCGGACGUGUGGUAACAAGAGUGGUGCUUCCUCGAGUUAUUAUGCACUCACGCUAUCACUAUGGGGCUUUCUCCGAGAACUUCACUGGUUUGGAGCUCGAAGAUGGCGGUGGCCGUGGCACAUCCGGGUCCCACUGGGAGAAAAGACUGUUGAUGAACGAGAUUAUGACGGGCUCGGUUGACACGAGAUCGGUAGUUUCUAGAAUGACACUUGCUCUGCUUGAAGAUAGCGGUUGGUAUCGAGCUAAUUACAGCUCGGCUGACCAUCUUGAGUGGGGCCAUCAUCAAGGGACCGAAUUUGUUACUUCUCCUUGCAAUCAAUGGAAGGGGGCUUACCAUUGCAACUCGACUCAGUUUUCCGGGUGUACUUAUAAUCGGGAGGCUGAAGGAUAUUGUCCUAUAAUGAGCUACAGUGGGGAUCUUCCUCAGUGGGCCCAAUAUUUUCCACAGCCGAACAAAGGUGGGCAGUCAUCAUUGGCCGAUUACUGCACGUAUUUUGUGGCUUACUCUGAUGGUUCAUGCACAGACAUUAGUAGUGCUAGGGCACCUGACAGAAUGCUAGGUGAAGUUCGAGGAAGUGACUCAAGGUGCAUGGCCUCGUCAUUAGUGCGUAGUGGGUUUGUAAGAGGAUCUGCUACGCAAGGAAAUGGCUGUUAUCAGCACAGGUGUCUAAACAACUCGCUCGAGGUUGCUGUAGAUGGAAUCUGGAAAGUCUGUCCUGAAGCCGGUGGGCCCAUUCAAUUUCCUGGUUUCAAUGGUCAACUGAUCUGCCCUGCCUACCAUGAACUUUGCAAUGUGAAGCCACUUUCUGGAUCUGGCGAAUGCCUCAAUUCGUGCAGUUUUAAUGGCGAUUGCAUUAACGGAAAAUGCCACUGCUUUAGAGGGUUCGAGGGCAAAGACUGUAGCAAGCCUGCGAAAAUGGAUACACUGGCAUCGACUGCUCUACAGUGUAGCUUGCAUGGUGGUGUGUGUGAUAACGGUGUGUGUGAAUUCCGGUGCUCGGAUUACGCCGGAUACAGCUGCCUCAACACCUCAGCUGUUCUCCCGGCCCUAUCCGUGUGCCGGGAAUUCUUGCCGGAUUCCGGCAGACACUGUGCUCCGGCGGACCCCAGUGUUCUUCAGCAGCUCGAGCGUGUAGUUGUCAUGCCCAAUUACCACCGACUAUUCCCAGCUGGGCCCCGCAAGUUUCUAACCUAUUUCCUUGCUGGCACCGCCAGGCGGGACUGCGAUCGAGCCGCCAAGCGGCUCGCAUGCUGGAUAUCAAUCCAAAAGUGUGACAAGGAUUGGGACAACAGGAUACGAGUGUGCCACUCGGCAUGCCAAAUGUACAACUCAGCAUGUGGGGCCUCUCUUGAUUGCUCUGACCAAACCCUGUUUAGCAAUGAUGACGAGGCACAAGGACAAUGCACGGGCUGGGGUGAGUUCACGUCAUGUGCUUAUUAUGAUCAUCAUCUUCACGACCCUGUUGCCUGCGUUGAUGUUUUCCUCAGCGACCCUUUUCACACCUCUUUCGUUCCAGGUGGUCUUGGCCUUACCUGCAAUUCGGGGGGUGAAAUCGACGGCGGAGAUGAAAUAAGCCAAGAAAUCGGGGCUCAAAGCCAAAAGCGCGAGGAGCCCAUCGCCGGAGAUUGGAGGGGACACCACUCGCCGGCGCCGGAAAACGGGAAACAGAGAAAAAAAUCGAAUCUUGCUGCAGGAAAUCACGGCACACGAAGCAAUUCCUGUUCCCAGAAGUUAUCGAGAAAGGCCAUAUCUCAGUAUUUCUACAUGCCCAUAGCGAAGGCGGCGAAGGAGAUGAACGUCGGCGUCACCCUUUUGAAGAAAAGGUGCCGGGAGCUUGGGAUUCCCCGGUGGCCCCACCGGAAACUGAUGAGCCUGCAAACCCUGAUCAACAAUGUCCAGGAAAUGGCGAAAGAGGAUAAUGGAGAAAUUAAUGAAGAAGCUAUCAAGAUUUUGGAGCAACAAAUGAGAGAAAUGGAAGAGGCCCCAGACAUGGAUUUGGAGGUAAUGACAAAGAGAUUAAGACAAGCAUGUUUCAAGGCUAAUUACAAGAAGAGAAAACUAGUGAAUGCAGCAGCUUCUUCAAAAAGUGCCUCUUAGAAUGAUGGCCAAACAAAUCUUCUGCUAAUUCAUAUGGAAUGUUGUUUUGAAG